GGGGAGAGCAUCGCAGCGACGUUUUAACGAGCCGUGAUUUUCGUGCUCGCCUUUUCGAGGCCCUUACGUAACGCGACUUAAUUGUGAAGGAGCUAUCGCGCCGGUUAAUACGAGCCUCGAGGACGAAGAAAGAGAGAGAGAGAGAGAGAGAGAGCGUCGAGAAGGAGACGGAGACGAAGCAGAAGGAGAAGAACGACUACGACGACGAUGACGACGAAGACGAAGAGGAGAAAGACGGGAAAGACUACGACGACUACGACGACGACGACGACGACGACGACGUUCGAGGAGCUGCUUGGUGGGUCUAAGUGCGGUGAAGCGAGGCAGCGUUGCUGCCGAAAGAAAGAACGAGCGAUACGCAAGAGAGAAAGAGAGAAACGGAACGGUGGUGCGAGCGAGAAGAGUCCCGGAGAUGGGCGAAAGAGAGAGAAGGAGAACGAGCAAGAGUCUCGUCGAGUGGGGAGAGUCGCCGCGCGGCUACGAGGAGGGGAUACGAUCCCCACCACUCCGUCGUCCAUCAGUCGCGCCGAGCACGUCGUCGGAAGAGGUUGUUUCGCUUCGCGCGUCCUCGGAAGUCUACGACGCUUCGAGAAUCGCGCGUUCUUCGCUCGCCUUUCGACGCCGAGUCAAGUCGGCCGAUUCGAAGCGUCCAGUUUGAAACGCGAGUGAGUGCACGGUUGCUCGACAAGUGUGCAGUGCGUAGGCAAAAGCGCCGUGCCAGUGAGAGCACGGUUGUGAGUUUUGUUUCGCUCGGUGUGGAACCGUGACGAAGAGUAACGGAAUCGUAUCGUCGAGCGUUGCGGGACAGGAGAGAUAUCGAGAGAAGGGAUUAUCCAGGAAAUUUCCGAGUGCGCCUCGUCGGGUCGUUGUCGCGCGGCGAGAGAAUCUCGCUGCCGUUUCGAAAAAGCGUCUUCUCGUUCGGCGUCUUUCCGCGUCCGUUUCUCGCGGUUCCUCUCGUCUCGGUGGUCGUCGCAGCUCUCUGCUUUACCGACCGACGUCGACGGAAGUGGGAAAAGGACGCGACGCUUCUAGCCGGCUACGGCGUCGUGGCAUCGCCGCCGCCGCCGCCGCCGCCGCCGCCUUGUUUUCUCUCCCUCCUCCUCCUCCUCCUCCUCCUCCACGUCGCUGUUAUCUUUGUUGUCGUCGGCGUCGUCGCCGGCGUCGCGAUCUCGACGCGAGUCGGAUCGAUGAGAAAGGAAGAAGGUGUCGAGGACCGACGUCUAGCGCGCCGAUGGAUCCUCCUCGUCGAAAAGAGAACAGCGUGAUCGUCGUUCGGACGGACGCCUGGAUCGUCCACGAGAAUCUUUCUGCGAAGGCACGCCGUUCCAGUCGUUCCGAUCGUUCCGCCUCGACGGAAUAGCCCGCGCGAUUUUCCGCCGUUCGAAUUCGGCGCUACUAUUUUGUUUCUUUUUUUACUUUCUACGCGUCCCUCGAAACGCCGUUAGUUAUCCUUUCGCGCUUCGGUGCGUUGCCAUGACGCGACCUUGACGUGCCCGAAUUCUUUGGAUAUUUUUUUCGUGGGAAGGGAGACGACCGAGCCAGGACAAGGAACGUUAUUAUGUAUCCCAGUGCUGGAAUCAACGCGGCUGCGGUGGCCGCUGCUGCCGCGAGGCAUCCGGGUCCUCCGCAGCCUGGGCAACCGUUCAAGUUUUCGGUCAGUGAGUCCUGCGACCGAAUAAAGGAAGAAUUUAGUUUUCUACAGGCACAAUAUCACAGUAUUAAGUUGGACCUGGAGAAGCUUGCUCAGGAGAAGACGGAAAUGCAACGUCAUUACGUAAUGUACUACGAGAUGUCGUACGGGCUCAACGUAGAGAUGCAUAAACAAACGGAGAUAGCGAAGAGGUUGAACGCCAUAAUCGCGCAGAUUCUACCCUUCCUCUCUCAGGAACAUCAACAGCAAGUCGCCACUGCUGUUGACAGAGCCAAGCAAGUAACCAUGACCGAGCUGAAUGCUAUUAUCGGGCAACAGAGGCCCGAUUUACCGAGGCUCCUUCAACAGAUGCACGCUCAACAGUUGCCACCGGGUGCCGCGAUGGGACCUCAUCCAGGAAUUCCUGGUCUACCAGGAUUGGGACCGGGGGCUGGUCUUCCGGUACCCACUUCGGCGUCCGCGGCCCUUUUGGGACUCGGUUUGCCUCCAGGUGCUGCAGCAACUCCUGGAGGUUCCGCGGCUCAUCCUCUUUCCAUGUUGACCAAGCCGGACCUUCAUCGAGGUCAACCGGACGAUCUCAAACCUAACGGAGGCCUUAAUCCAGCCGAGGAGAGGCAUUUUUUAACGUUUCAGAGAAGCUCGAUAUCGCCGGCGGAACGCGAAAAGUACAGCAGGCCCCGUAGCACGCCGGAUCCUCAGCAUCACGAGCACCUACACUUGAAAAAGAUGAAGAAGGAGCAAGACAAGGACAUAGGCCAUCAAAGCGAUGGCGAAAAGAGCGACCAGGACUUGGUGGUCGACGACGCGAGCGAAGGACCGACGAGUCCGGCCGCGAAUGGUACUACCUCGCCGAGAGAGAAUGGCCUGGACAAGCUAGGACCUUCCUCGGUGCCGUUGAGCGGACAGGUCAAAAAAGAAGUGCCACCUCCGUCGCCUAGAAGCGGUACCAGUAGCAACGCCAGUACCCCGUCCGCGAAGAAAAUGGAGGAACGAGAAAAAGCUACCACUCCCAUUUCGAAACCAGUUACGCCUACUUCGGCGGGUGGCAGUAGUUCGGGUUCGGGUGGCCUAAAACCAUCGAGUUCCAGCAAGCCUCUGGUCUCCGCUUCGGCGGUAGGCCCCUAUCCCCCUCAUUAUCCUCCGCCUCAUCACCCGCCCGCGGGACCUCACGUGGACAUGCUCGGCUAUCCUCCUGCCGCUUUGAACGGAUAUCCCGCCAGACCGCCGCUUCAACAGCUCUACGAUCCUCACGGUAGCAUGAGAGCACCUCUCGGACCUCUCGGGGUACCCGGCGGAAAACCAGCCUACAGCUUUCACGUGUUGAGCGACGGACAGAUGCAACCGGUACCGUUUCCACCCGACGCUCUCGCAGCUCCGGGAAUACCAAGGCACGCGCGUCAAAUAAAUACUCUCACUCACGGCGAAGUGGUCUGUGCGGUGACGAUCUCCAAUCCGACGAAGUACGUUUACACCGGUGGCAAGGGCUGCGUCAAGGUUUGGGACAUCAGUCAAGGCGGGAGCGGCAGCGCGAAGCCGGUUUCCCAACUCGACUGUCUGCAACGAGACAAUUACAUCAGAUCGGUCAAACUGUUACCGGACGGUAGGACGCUCAUCGUGGGCGGCGAAGCGAGCAACUUGAGCAUCUGGGAUCUGGCGAGUCCAACGCCGAGAAUCAAAGCGGAAUUAACUUCUUCCGCGCCUGCCUGUUACGCUUUGGCGAUCUCUCCGGACUCCAAGGUCUGCUUCAGUUGCUGCAGCGACGGAAACAUCGCCGUCUGGGAUCUUCAAAAUCAAACGUUGGUCAGACAAUUCCAAGGUCACACGGACGGUGCCUCUUGCAUCGACAUCUCUGCGAACGGCUCGAAACUCUGGACCGGUGGUCUCGACAACACAGUACGUUCCUGGGAUCUUCGAGAGGGUAGGCAGCUGCAGCAACACGAUUUCACGUCGCAGAUAUUUUCUCUCGGUUAUUGCCCGAACGACGAGUGGCUCGCGGUCGGAAUGGAAAAUUCGAACGUCGAGGUUCUUCACGCAACGAAACCCGACAAGUUCCAACUGCAUUUGCACGAAUCUUGCGUUCUUUCGUUACGCUUUGCCUCCUGCGGCAAAUGGUUCGUUUCGACCGGCAAAGAUAAUUUGUUGAACGCUUGGCGCACGCCGUAUGGAGCAUCGAUAUUCCAGUCAAAGGAAUCGUCGUCGGUGCUCAGCUGCGACAUCUCCAACGACGACAAGUACAUAGUGACAGGAUCAGGGGACAAAAAAGCCACCGUCUACGAAGUGAUUUAUUGAGUCGUUCUUUCGAUAACGCUUCGACAUUCGAAGAACAUUAAACGCGUGAGAAUCUCAACGAACGUCGUUGCGCGUCAAGGCUUGAGACAGUGUAUGUUUCUUGAGUGACAACGAGUUUGUUCGUCGACUGCUGGAAGAGAUCACUUAUCGACGACGGUGCGGACGAAGUUAAAAAAAGAACAUUGUUGCCUCUUAAGUCUGAUACAAGACGGACGCUAGAACCCGAAUUAAAGAAGUACCGACGUUUACGGUGAUGACAAAAGUGAAAACUGCGUCGCUCGUACGUUGGACGAACGUUACUUUAUGAGUAUACACGCAUACACACACACACACACACAAACGUAUAUAUAUAUAUAUAUAAAUAUAUAUAGCUAGACAGAGAUACAGACGAGAAACGCUUAGUUAUUUAAGAUUGUAUAGGAAAAAUUGGUAAUAAGUAGGUACGAACGAGGAAGGAGACGUGAAGAUUCUUGUACGAAAUUCUCUCUAAACGAUAGGAGGUAAAAGUCCGACGGUGCGUGUAAUAUGUUGCUAAUGUAAUAUAGAAGACUCGAUGCUAUAAGUAUAUCUUUUACGUGUGAUUGCGAGAGAAGCGAUCGAUCGAUCGAUAUCGUGCACUUCGUCGUACGCGUCGUUCUCCAUUUUCGCGCUUGAUCCUCGUCGAUCGUAAAAUCGGCAAGGGUGCUCGUCGACGCGUUGAACGCCGAUCUAGUGCGUCACAACUCGUCGAAAGUAGUAGGAAUGUGUGUCGUGAUACAGAAUUAUACGUAAGAAACACAACCAACGCAAAAUAUAUCGAACACGCGUAUAGAAAGAGCGUUUAUGCCAAAACAAUGCGAAUGUAACAUUUAUGGAUGGAAUCAUUUGUCGAUCGCGCGCUGUGACGUUGUUUAGAAAAAGCUCGAGAACGUAAGAAGCAUGACGACUGGUCCGUAUUUCCAUUACGAAGAGUAUGUAAUUUGAUUUAGAAAAUAUUUCGUUCGAGCACACUCUUUCACGUUCGACGUUACGUCGAUCGUCGUAUUGUUUUUUUUUUCGAAAUCUAUCUCCAUUCUGUGUUAUGUUAACGAGCGCGUACUCGAAAUGCUUUAGGCAUCAUCACGUCCGACGAAUCGACGAGCUCGUACGCGGAAGCCCGUUAUUCUCGCAGUAAGCAUUGUCUCGAGCGUAUCUCUGAACUCUCGUUAGUCCUUUUACAACUGCCAGUCUCUUACUACGUGCGAAUGUGUUCAUAGGAUCGAUCGCGUGCGUGCAGCUUGAACGUGCGUUCGACGUGUGUACUAAGAGUAUAGUAUGUUAUUUUACAGAUCGCGUAUGUAUGUAUCGUAAGUUCGAGCGGUUUACUGCAAACGCGAGUCGACUCGCGUGCGAGACUCGUUCUUUUGUUUGUAUCGAUAAACAGGAAAAUAAUUUUGUCCUUGAGAUCGUCUUAGACGGAUACAUUUCACUGUGACGCAAACAUCGAUCGAAGAUAAAAUGCGUGUCCACGCCUUCGUUAACGCGUACAUACAUACGUAUUUUAGACAAAUAUUUGACAAAUUAUUUUUAUGACCGUAAACUUAGAUUUAGGCCAUCGCGCAUCGGCAAAUUCGGUCGGCGUACGAGCUUGCGUCCGUAUCAUCGACGGGAUAUAGACUCGCGCGCGAAGCCAACGAUAGCGAUUUGCUCGUACAACUCUGUCGCUCUGUCUCUUCUACUUUUCUCUUCCCUCCCUCCCCUCCCCUCUCCCCUCUCCCUCUUUCUAUCUGUCCCUCUCCGCGCUAAUUAAAAAGAUGUCGAAAGAGAAGCCUCCUAAAGUAGGGUACUAGUUGACGCCAUUAUUAAACGCUAUCCCCCUUCUCCCAAGCCGAACGGCGGAAGCAGCCAAUGCAUACGGAGAUUUAUAUUUUGUUACAGGAUGACACAAACGCAAAAAACCGCAGGACAGAUACGUACGCGUCACUGAACGCGCAUUACUCGAAACGCUGUGAUCGUCGCAAAAGUCGAACGAGAUCGAUUUUUUGAACGUUUCUGAAACGGAGAGGUCAAACGACACGAUUUGUGACGACGAUCACAGUCGCGACGACGAUAUAGACCAAUAGAAACAACGAUACCUCAAGAAGACUCAAUAGUUUAUUAUCUUUAACGGAUCAAUGUGUACAGAAUCGAUAUUCUUUUACGGUAAUAUUAAAAAAAAAAAGAGAGAGCAUACAUACACAACGCGGACAAAAGUAAUCGCAAAUUCGAUGCCUGCGACGAUUACAAUUUUUCCUUUUAUUCCUAUCCCGCGUUCAUCGAAUCAUCGUACCUCCAAACUACUCGUGCUUCGCGCACCGACUGCGCGCUAAUCGAAAGAACGGUCAUUUAUAACCGGAGAAAAGACAGCCGACAAUUAAUGUUUUCUUUCGUCACUUUUUCAUAUCGUUCCUAUAACUAUGCGAGAUUUGUUUUUUCGGCAAUUAAAUCAUCUAUAUCUAUAUAUA